CAUGGGAGAUGAAGAUAUUGCAGCUUUAGUUAUUGACAAUGGAUCCGGAAUGUGCAAGGCCGGAUUUGCCGGAGACGAUGCUCCCAGAUCUGUGUUCCCUUCCAUUGUCGGCCACCCCAGACAUCCGGGUGUGAUGGUUGGUAUGGGACAGAAGGACAGCUAUGUAGGAGAUGAGGCUCAGAGCAAGAGAGGUAUCCUCACCUUCAAGUACCCCAUUGAACAUGGCAUCGUCACUAACUGGGAUGACAUGGAGAAAAUCUGGCAUCAUACCUUCUACAAUGAACUCCGUGUGGCACCAGAGGAACACCCCGUCCUCCUGACAGAGGCCCCACUCAACCCCAAGGCCAAUAGAGAAAAGAUGACACAGAUCAUGUUUGAGACCUUCAACUCUCCCGCCAUGUACGUCGCCAUCCAGGCCGUACUGUCCCUGUACGCUUCCCGUCGUACAACCGGUAUCGUACUCGACUCCGGAGAUGGUGUGUCUCACACAGUCCCCAUCUACGAGGGUUACGCCCUUCCACACGCCAUCAUGAGAUUGGAUCUUGCUGGACGUGAUCUGACCGAUUACCUCAUGAAAAUCCUUACAGAACGUGGAUACUCUUUCACCACCACAGCCGAGAGAGAAAUCGUUAGAGACAUCAAGGAGAAACUGUGCUACGUUGCCCUGGACUUCGAACAAGAGAUGGCUACUGCUGCUUCAUCCUCAUCUCUAGAGAAGAGUUAUGAACUUCCCGACGGUCAGGUCAUCACAAUUGGUAACGAACGGUUUAGGUGCCCAGAGACAAUGUUCCAGCCAUCCUUCCUUGGAAUGGAAUCUUCUGGUAUUCCUGAAACCACAUACAACAGUAUCAUGAAAUGCGAUGUUGAUAUCCGUAAAGACUUGUACGCUAACACUGUUUUAUCUGGUGGUUCCACUAUGUACCCUGGCAUUGCUGACCGCAUGCAGAAGGAAAUCACAGCUUUAGCUCCUAGCACAAUGAAAAUCAAGGUCAUUGCUCCACCCGAUAGGAAGUAUUCCACUUGGAUUGGUGGUUCCAUCCUUGCUUCUCUCUCCACCUUCCAACAGAUGUGGAUCAGCAAACAGGAGUUCGACGAAUCUGGACCAUCCAUUGUCCACAGAAAGUGCUUCUAAUUCUGUACAGAUGUGUUACAUUUAUGUUUGUAUCUAAUCAUACCCCCCAAAAAAUAAUUUUAUUGCUUAAUAAUAAUAAAGCGACUGUUUAUUCCAAUAACAGUGAUUUAUAUAAUUUGUCUUUAU